AUGGUGAAAUCAGUGUAUAAAAUUCAGCAGGAAGAUCCAGCCGCCGCCGCCAUUUCAGUCACUGGCGUGCCUGUUUAUGCAUGGAAAGGCGAAACUGAAGAAGAAUAUAUUUGGUGCAUUGAACAAACUCUUUGUAGUUUCAAGGAUGGUAAACCUCUUAAUAUGAUUCUUGAUGAUGGUGGUGAUUUAACCAAUUUGGUUCAUACUAAAUUUCCACAAUACUUGAAAGAAACAACAACUGGUGUUCAUAAUCUUUACAAAAUGCUUAAAGAUGGACAAUUGAAAGUUCCAGCAAUUAAUGUCAAUGAUUCAGUUACAAAAUCCAAAUUUGAUAACCUUUAUGGUUGUCGUGAAUCACUCGUUGAUGGUAUUAAAAGAGCAACAGAUGUACAAAUUGCUGGUAAAGUAGCAGUUGUAGCAGGUUAUGGUGAUGUUGGCAAAGGUUGUUCAGCAUCACUUAGAGGAAUGGGAGCUCGUGUGAUCAUUACAGAAAUUGAUCCUAUUAAUGCUUUACAAGCAGUUAUGGAAG